AAAUGUUUUUUGAUUACAAAAAAGUGUUUUACAGGAACGACGAGGCGUUCUGGGUUGGGAUCAACGACGGCCCUGCACUGCCAAUACUAAGUCUAUUGAGUGAUUGAGGGUUUAUCGGCCAAAUGCUGUUGCCAGCUUCGUUGAUGUCUCUUUCUCACCCUAAGACUGAGGUUGGAUACUUGGUUCCCCUGAAUCAUAAUUUGGAGGAAAACCCUUCAGUUCCCAAGUUACCCAUCUCCCAUGGCACUAACCUCAUUGGCCGCGCCAACAUUCCUCUUCCUCUUCCCGACAAGAGGCUUAGCCGUAACCACAUCACUUUAACUGCUUCUUCCGACGGAUCUGCUCAUCUGCUUGUGGAGGGUACGAAUCCAGUCGUUGUUAACUCCGGGAACAAAAGAAGGAAGCUCAAUUCUCAGGAGAAAGCUGCCAUUUCUGAUGGUGAUAUACUUGAGCUCAUUCCCGGACACCAUCUUUUCAAAUAUGAAGUUUCGGGUGCCACCAAAACUGAUAAUACACCUUCAGCUGGCACUGGCACCACAAACAAGGAAGCUUCCCACAGCCUUUCGCAGGAUGGGAACGGGACUUGCAGUCAGGAGCAAGGAAGAAAUGCAGCGGCACGCAAGCCUGGUCAUUCUCAAUCCGGUGAACACAGUAAUGCAGAGGCUAUUCGCAAUUUCCAUAUCCCUUCUGAAAAAAUACCUUCCACUUUUCGACUUUUGCGUGUGCAGCAGCUACCACCUUGGGCAAAUACUUCUUGUGUUGCAAUAGAUGAUGUUAUUCAGGGGGAUAUUCUAGUUGCCAUCCUUUCCAACUACAUGGUAGACCUUGACUGGUUGGUUCCGGCAUGUCCUGCGCUUUUGAAAGUCCCCCAUGUGUUAGUUAUUCAUGGCGAGAGUGAUGGGAGGGUUGAUUAUUUGAAGAGAAGUAAACCUACCAACUGGAUUCUGCACAAACCACCAUUGCCAAUUUCAUUUGGGACACAUCAUUCAAAGGCCAUGUUUCUUGUAUAUCCUCAUGGGAUAAGGGUGAUUGUGCAUACAGCGAACUUAAUAUAUGUAGAUUGGAAUAAUAAAACCCAAGGUUUGUGGAUGCAAGAUUUUCCAUGGAAAGAUCAAAACAGUCUAAGCAAGGGAUCUGUAUUUGAAAAUGACCUGGUUGAAUAUCUCAGUAUGCUGAAGUGGCCAGAAUUCUCUGUUAAGCUUCCUUCCCUUGGAAACUUCAGUAUAUGUCCAUCUUUCUUCAAGAAGUUUGAUUAUAGUGAUGCAAUGGUUAGGUUAAUUGCAUCUGUACCUGGAUAUCAUUCUGGUGCUGGCAUGAAAAAGUGGGGACAUAUGAAACUGCGUUCUUUGCUCCAAGAGUGUACUUUUGACGAUGAUUUUAAAAAAUCUCCACUCAUUUAUCAGUUCUCCUCCCUUGGUUCUCUAGAUGAGAAAUGGAUGGCUGAGUUGACAUCAUCAAUGUCUGCUGGUUUAUCAGAAGAUAAAACACCUCUUGGUCUUGGGGAGCCUCAAAUAAUCUGGCCUACUGUAGAAGAUGUCAGAUGUUCUUUAGAGGGCUAUGCUGCUGGAAAUGCAAUUCCAAGUCCUUUUAAAAAUGUGGAGAAAGCAUUUCUCAAAAAGUAUUGGGCAAAAUGGAAAGCAGACCAUACUGGCCGAAGCCGUGCUAUGCCCCAUAUAAAGACUUUCACUCGUUACAGUGGUCAGAAUCUAGCUUGGUUCUUGUUGACUUCAGCAAAUCUUAGCAAAGCUGCCUGGGGAACUCUUCAGAAGAAUAACACUCAGUUCAUGAUUCGCUCAUACGAGUUGGGAGUGCUCUUUCUACCAACGAUGCUUAAAAGGGGUGGUGGUGGAUUUUCAUGUACCAGUAAUGUUACACAAACUGAGGAUAAAUAUGAAGUGAAGAAAGCAAAACUAGUUAGCCUAAGUGGGCUGAGAAGGGAGCAAACACACUCAACAUCUCAACUGACCAUUCCGUUACCUGUUCCUUACGAGCUCCCUCCCCAACCUUAUUCCUCACAAGAUGUUCCCUGGUCCUGGGAUCGGCGAUAUAGUAAGAAAGAUGUAUAUGGCCAAGUUUGGCCACGCACGUGAGCUUGCUACUUGCUGUUGCUGCUCUGCUCUAAAUGUACAUAGUACCAUUCACUUUCCUCCUUAGCACCAUGCCAGCAUUGAGUUAUCUAUGACAAAGGUCUCUCAUUUUUCAUUUUUUCUCUCUUUUCAUUAGUAGUGUUUAUUGUUCAAUAUCUAUCACCUAAAAGAAAAAAAGGGUUCAAUACAAUUUUAAAUUGUAAUUACUUGAAAGUGAUCAAAGGUUAGAUAACUAAGUACUAGAAAAUUAUGUGGGAACUUUAUCGAUGGGAGUUGCCAGGGGAAUAUUCUUAAU